UCUUUAUCUAGGCCCUCCUGCAUGAGCUCAGUUGUCCAGUUCACGCUGUAGAAUCUACUCGGUCGUAUCUGGACAUCCCAACAUGUUUGCUCCGUUUAUUUUUGCUUUGCUGGCUUUCUCCUCUCUGACUGCUGCGUCUGAUCCCGGCUGCGAUGAGCUGCUUAAACCUCUGGAGGAUCAAACCAAGAUUUAUGGAAAAUGGAUAUUUUAUGCUGCGGGGUCAGACAGUGAAGAGUACCUGAAAGCAAUAAAAGUUGCCAACAGCUCCUGGGUGCAAAUCUCCCCCAUACCUGGCAGUGAUGACUUCAGCAUGCAUUAUGUGGACAAAAUUGAUGGAAAAUGCACUCCUGGAGCUGCUAACUCCACCACUUCAGGAAACUCCAUCAAGGUGAUGUUUCACUAUAACUCCUCUUCUUAUGAGCACAUUGGGAGGUUUCUGGAGACGUGUCCCGACUGCCUCCUCUGGAAGGACGAGGCGGUGAUGGMGGUGGACGGGGUGUCCAAGAAAAGCAAGAACCUUUGCCUUUUAACAAAGAAGGACAAGCUGGAUGCAUCUCAUCUGGAAGUUUUCAAGAAGCAGGCAAAGUGUCUGAACCUUUCACCGGAUUUCUACUUUCCAGACACCACAGACCUGUGUUCUGAUGAAAAGGAGCCUGUCUCAGAUGGAACGACCGAGGAACAAUAAAGAAACCUGUCCUGAUGCCUACUGUUACCGAUUUAUUCCAGAUGCAUCUGCGGUCAGAUGUGUUUUCUUAGAAACGAGGAAACCCCUCAAGAAUAAGUUGCUUUACAUGUGUGGAAAAUAAUCAACUUUAUGUAGGCUUUAUGUAUCAAAUUCUUCACCUCAURUUUUAUAUUUUUAGGCUAAUAAAGUCAGAAUGAACAAA